CAACAAUUGUUGUGAAUUUUUUUAAUUGUUUAUUGUUUUGUAGGCUCCAGGUAUUAUGGGGAUUACUAAAUUGUGAUGGCUGGGCGAAAGUGUUGGCGGAAAACGAUCCGACCUCCUUUUCCAGCUACUGCCAAUAUAAAACGGCAGCAGAAAUUUUAUUAAUUCAUUGCAAUUUUGUAAAGUCUGCAGUUUGACACAACAAUUAAAAAGGCAGCGGAAAAUAUGUUUUCCAGAUACUUUCUCAUUGGUCUGGGACUCCUGGCAUGUCUGGCAAUGGUUGCAACGCAGGCAACUUAUCUGGGGAAUCGCAGACAUCCCACUCUGCCUGGCCAUUGUUUUUACGAAGAAUACAAUUUGACGAUUAAAGUUAAUCAAACUUCAUAUCCUCGCAAUGUCAACAAUUGCUUCAAGGUUUUUUGCCGCGACGAUUUUGUCCUGAGGCUAAAUCACUGUCCUCGCCGGGCCAAUCCUUGUCGCCGAACUGAUUUAUCCAAACCCUUUCCGCAGUGUUGUGUUUGUAUUUAAUUAGACAAAACUCUGUACUACAAAUAAACAAUGAUCAGCUGUUUCAAGCCAUUUGUCUGCCAUAGUAGAAGAAUACAGGUAGAUGCAGCAG